GGAAUUUGAUUGCUAACUGACAAUUGGGAUAUGCUGCUCACCUGAUUACAAAACAGGUUCCAACUCGGUGGCUUAUGAUUACAAGAAAAGACUCUCACGCUGGCAGUUGGUAUUCUAGGGAUGUUCAGAAACUCGAUAGCCAGCUUUCUGAGUGGUUGUCCAAGGCGACGAGCGAUCGGCGUCAUUCACGCGCCAUCAUCUCUCCGCAUGCUGGUUAUGAAUACUCCGGGCAAUGUGCCGGAUUCGCAUAUAACCAAAUCGAUCCGGAUCAAGUAAAACGAGUGUUCAUUUUGGGACCAUCACACUAUCUUCCUUUGGGCCGUAAUUGCGCUCUUUCAGUGGCAGAAUCGUACAAAACACCUUUCUAUUCCCUUAAUAUCGAUUUGGAGAUCUAUCGAGAACUAUACCAAAGUGGCGAAUUCGUGAGAUUAUCUAUUGAAAAUGAUGAACAAGAACAUUCGGUAGAAAUGCAGCUUCCGUACAUCGCGAAAGUGAUGGAAAACAAUCGUCACGGUUUAACGAUUGUACCUAUCGUUGUUGGCUCGUUAUCACCUGGUCGUGAAGUUGUGUACGGCAAUCUUCUUGCACCUUACCUAGCUGAUUCAAGCAAUUUGUUUGUCAUAUCGUCUGACUUCUGCCACUGGGGUCGCCGCUUCCAGUACACCUACUACGAUAGACAGAAAGGUGAAAUCUGGAAGUCUAUUCAGGCGUUGGAUGAAGAAGGAAUGUCAGCAAUCGAACGUUUAUCUCCGGCUGAUUUUACCAAUUACCUUAGCCAAUACGGUAACACAAUUUGCGGGCGACAUCCCAUCGGAAUUUUUCUCAAUUGUGUCGGAGCACUUCAAGAGCGGUCCAAUAUGACAUGUGACUUCAAAUUCCUGAAGUAUGCGCAGUCAGAGCGAUGUCACAGCAUGAACGAAUCGUCAGUCAGCUACGCGGCGGGCUCAUUAAUUAUUCGUUGACAUCUCACCUCUGAUCGCGUUUUACUUGAGUAUGCUUUUUCAACUAAACGUUUCAUGUCCCCACUUAAUACACCUGAAUGCUUUCUCA